UCCGUUCGCGCUCUAUAUAGAGCUUUCAGUCAAUAAGUUCAGUGAGACGAGCUUUCGCGGCACACUAGCCGAGUGUAGCCGAGCUCGAUUUUACUGAAUAACACAGAAUUACAACGUUUUUUACUUUUAUAUCGUUAGUGGGUAUUUUUCACGUGAAUUUGUGUACUUAGUUAUAUUUUUUCUAAUAAUGAUCAAGAUAAAUAUUUGUUUAUUAUUUUCGAUAAAAAGCUAAUAUGAUCGGUGUAUUGAUUAACUGUUGGUGCUUGUAGUUACUGAGCUACCUGAACAGCCUACAUGAUUAUCAAGAUCAGCACGAUGGAAUCAAGGGAAAGCAGGUGCUUACUGCUGUUUGCCUGCUGCAUCUUUGCCUGGAUAGAUAGCGCGUACAGCAUAGACUGCUUCAAGUGCGUUUCAAUGAACGGGCGCUUCCCGGCGUGCGACGACCCCUUCCACAACAACCACUCGCUGCAGAUGCUGGAGGCGCCGUGCAUGGGCGGGCGCAAGGGCCGCGACGGCCUCUUCCCGGCCACCUCGUGCAUCAAGAUCGCCGGCGUCUUCGACGACACUGGGGAGUCGAUCACGGUGCGCGGUUGCGGGCUGGACUCGGGCACGGCGACCACCGACACGGAGAUCAUCCGCAUGUCGCACUGCGGCCGCUUCUACUACAACGACAGGUACGUGCACGGCUGCCUGCAGAGCUGCAACGACGCGGACGCCUGCAACAGCGCCUCAACCAACCUGCCGCUGCACGCGCUCAUACCUCUCGCCCUCUACCUGGUGGUGAGGAGCUAACACCACGUCAAAGUUUAGACGACCAACACUAGAUGGCGCUACACUGUCAAGUCAUAGUUUUCUCAACUACCCUAUUUCUCAUACUAAAAAUACUAAAAUCUUCCUAAUGAAAUUUUAAAAUGAAAUUUUUAAUGAAA